AUGGCGAUCCGCCGUUCCGCGCGCAUUCGUCGCGCCCAGGAGUCUCCCGAGGUUGAAGACUCUAUUCCUCAAAAAAUCCAGCAAACCCCAACAUCCAAGCUUGCUUCUGUCGCCGAAGGAGCAGAGACUGUCGACCGCGACCUUCCCCGCGUUCAAACUCCAGGAGCGAAGACGCCAUCUCAAAAGACUCCUCACGCGUCUGCUCAAAAGAAACUCGCGACUGCGCAUACUCCAACGAGCGUUACUGCGGCUCGUCCACCUCGGGAAGAAAUGCAUCCUAGCAAGGUGCAGCAAAGUACGACCAAACGCGCGGAUUCGGGCCUGAUUCUCGGAUUCAACCCCAUCAAGAAGGGUGCUGAUGGCAAGGCUGUCAAGCAAGGCAUAAUUGACAACACACCCACCAAAUCCAAGGCAUCCCCCGCCACUAGCCAGUUUGGAACUCCCGGAUUCGAAUUCAAGUUCUCUUCCCAGGAAACCGAUCUCAGCGACCAGGCCAAGAAACUCAUGGAAAGCGUUCGUGGCGACGUUGCUCGAAUCAAGGCUCAGAUGGUUCACGAUAAAUCGAAGCAGGAUCCUGAGGAUCUUGCAGAGCGCAAGAUUGCCAUGCCAAAGGGCAGGGCUAACCGUUUCAGCGAUGUGCACAUGGCCGAGUUCAAGAAGAUGGACUCGAUUGCAGGGCACGCGUCUGCAUUCCGUGCUACCCCUGGUCGCUUCCAGCCUGUCACCAAAUCUCUGAAGCGAUCCAAAUCCAAAGCUCAGCUUGACGAGCCGGAGAGCCAAAACUCAUCUCCCACUCGACCUGCCGCCAAGGCCUCGGCUUUGCCUACUCCUACUCCCGUCGCGACUGCCAAGCGUGCGAAGCACAACAAGGUCGAAGAUAAUUCCUCCCACCGCGAAUCAGAGAAAGCUUCAGAGAAGUCGGUGGAGAAACCCGAGACGCCUCGUAGGCCCGCUGGCCCGCGCCCUCGCCCUGGUGUUCGCAACUCACUCAUGACCCCCACCCGUGCGUCUCUCGCUCGUACAACUGCUACCAGUAUCAAAGCGCCAAGGACUUCCAUGAUACCAUCCAUAAAAUUUUCUCCAGUUGCUAAAACGAUUGCCUCGCCCCGGACACCUCGUACCGAUUUCAACCCACGCCUCAAGGGCAAGUUGCCAACCCUCAGUAACCUUCGGUCUAUUCUUCGCCGAAGUCAACCUCUCUUCUCUCGUGAUCCUGCCAAGAUUGCAUCUGGCACUCACGUCACCGCUCCUGAUUUCAAACCCAACUCGCUCUUUGCGGGAGCCGCUGCUGAUCCAAAUGACUCCGUUCCAACCCCUUCGCCAAAGAAGCAUGUUGAGUUUACUCCGAGUGUGAAGUCCCGUCAUGAGCUUGCUCAAGACUCGCCCUCGCCUUCCAAGGUCCCCUCGGCUAAGCAACGAUCUAUCUCCACCGAUGUCUUUUAUCCGGUCCUCCCAACACUCACUCCAGAGAAGAAUUCCGCCAUCUCAACCGCCAUUGAUGAUUCCCCAAGCGUCUCGUCUAUCCGUCGCGUGCGCUCUUCGAAUGGCGCGAAACAGAACGCGUCUGUUCCAGAAAUCCCCGUGGUUACUCACGGAAUCGCUCACGGAAUUGGUAACAAGAAGCGACACCGCAGCGAGGUUGAUGAUGGUUCCAACACCGAAAAUGUCCCACCAGCUGAUUCUCCCACUGAGGAGCGUAGCACCAAGAGACUCAAGUCAUGCCCACUCACUCCAAGUCCAGUGAAACCAAGUUCCGUGAAGCCGAGCGCCGUGAAGCCGAGCGCCGUGAAGCCAAGCGCUGUGAAGCCAAGCGCCGUGAAGCCUAGUCCCGCGAAGCGCCUCAUAAAGACUCCCGUGCGACCUUCUACCUCCAAGGCUGGCACCCCUGCCAGCACUAAACAAAAGAGCCGCGGUGUCCUCAGCAUAAGCCGUCUCAACAUGCUGUCCAAGCCAAAGGGACACGCCUAA